AUGAAUCAUUGCACUAAUGACACAGCUAAUGAAGCCUCCAAUAUCCCUCCCAAUUUGCAAGAGAGAUACUCGCAUUGGAAGAAAAACACUAAACUACUCUAUGAAUACCUCAACACAAAUUCCACCAAGUGGCCGUCCUUAACGUGCCAGUUUUUUCCUGAUUUAGAUACAACUUUGGAUGAGCAUCGCAUCUUGUUGUCCUCUUUCACAUCUUCCCAAAAACCUGAGGAUGAAUCCAUAUAUAUUAGCAAGAUAUCCACGUUGGGCCAUAUAAAAUGGUCAUCUUUGAAUAAUUUCGAUAUGGAUGAAAUGGAAUUUAAACCAGAAAACUCAACAAGGUAUCCACCAAAACACCUAGUAAAUGACAUUAGCAUUUUCUUUCCAAAUGGAGAGUGCAAUAGAGCAAGGUAUUUACCCCAAAAUCCAGAUAUUAUAGCCGGCGCCUCUUCAGAUGGUGCGAUCUACAUAUUCGACAGAACAAAACAUGGCUCUACUAGAAUUAGGCAGUCCAAAAUAUCACAUCCUUUUGAGGCCAAGUUAUUCGGUUCCCAUGGUGUUAUUCAAGAUGUAGAGACCAUGGAUGCUUCCUCGGCUGAUAUAAAUGAAGCCACCUCAAUUGCCUGGAACUUACAACAAGAGGCACUUUUACUGUCUUCCCAUUCUAACGGUCAAGUCCAGGUGUGGGACAUUAAACAAUACUCGCAUGAAAACCCUAUAAUAGAUUUACCCUUGGUAUCGAUAAACAGCGAUGGAAGCGGCGUGAAUGAUGUUACUUGGAUGCCGACACAUGAUUCCCUCUUUGCUGCUUGCACAGAAGGAAAUACAGUCUCUCUAUUGGAUCUAAGAACUAAGAAAGAGAAACUGAAGAGUAACUGUAGAAGCCAUAACGGUGGUGUAAAUUCUUGUAAAUUUAACUACAGAAACUCUUUAAUCUUAGCAUCCGCAGAUUCAAAUGGUAAGCUAAAUCUAUGGGAUAUCAGAAACAUGAAUGACUGUCCACUAACUACCAUGGAACAUGGUGGUUCCGUUUCCACUUUAGAAUGGAGUCCAAACUUCGAUACCGUAUUAGCAACAGCCGGUCAAGAAGAUGGCUUAGUUAAACUAUGGGACACUUCCCGCGAAGAGAAUAUAUUUACGCAUGGUGGUCAUAUGCUUGGUGUGAAUGACAUCUCGUGGGAUGCUCAUGACCCCUGGUUAAUGUGCAGUGUCGCAAAUGAUAACUCAGUCCAUAUAUGGAAACCUGCAGUAAAUCUGGUGGGAUAUUCAUGA